GUAGUGAAUUUCAGCUUUAACGCCAACCAAGCGGCAACUGUUGGUGACGCGCCGCAUGCUCCUCCAAGAGAACACUGAGAUGGCAAAGCGCUCCGUUUUACCCUUUUGAUUUCUUACUCAGAUACUGUUUUCCCCACAGUCUUCGCUUUAGCUAGCAAUGGGUUAUAGCCAGUGACCGCAGUCUACUUUCAUGCAGAGGAUUCUACUUUCAGAUAAUUCUUCAUUUAAAGAUCGUGUGUUGAGCGGCUGUGGAAGUUUUCAAUUGAACAGCUUUUCAAGUGCUCUAGAAACGUAACGAGGACCAGUGAAGGCAGCAAUCAGCAAAUACCAAGGAAAGAUAAAAACAACAACAGAAGAGUUAAACUAUGCUAAGAAUCAACUAGAGGAAAAGUGCAAGGUACUGACAGAGUAUGGGCUGCAGAUGGAGCUGUUGAAGAAGUGCAGUGACAGUAGGGAGAAACAGAGGGAAGACCUUCUCACUCAACAGAGCCAACUGCAAGAAACCUCUGAGGAGACUCAGCGGAGGGCAGCAGAGGAGAGAGACAGAUUCAUGGAGGAGAUUGUGAGCUUCAACACUGAGUUCAACCUGUUGGUAGAUAGACGGACGGUGGAGGAGAACCGGGCCAGGGCAGAGAUCGAGGCCAUGCAGAAGGAGGAGGAUUCACUCAAUGAAGAGAUGGAGCACAUGGCACAGGGCAAUGCAGGAAUUCUGUCCUUGCAGGCAGAGAGGAUGGCCCUGCAGAGGGAGCUCUCUGAGUUCGAGAGACGUGUCGAAGACGUGGACACACAGCUUGGGGAAGCGGAGGCAGUCACAAACUGUCUGAAAGCAGAGAGAGCAACAGUCAGUCAGAGGCCAUCAACCGACAGUGCGUUUCUUAGGCUGAAGAGCGAGGUCGCGGAGCUGAAGGAAGGGGAGCCGAGUCAUGUGCGGCAGGCGCUUCGCUCAGAGAUAGAGCUGCUGAAAACGGUGCCUCUCUGCCUCCAUCUCUUUACUCUGUCUCCCUCCAUCUCUUUAUGUCACUCUCCCUCCAUCUCUUUAUUCUGUCUCUUUCUAUUUCUCCUCCAUUUACUGCCUGUGUGAGCUUCAAACUGAAAUUUAAAUGUAACUGAAUUUGUUGAGCUCCAUGAUAUUAUAUACAUACUGUAUUUUGAAGACCUGUUAUUUGUAUUAUAAUAACAAUGGACUAUACAAACCUAAAAUUGAAAAAUGUCCAACUAACUUCUCUCUCUCUCUAACUCUACAGAAACUGUCCUAGAAGGACACUCUUGUUCCUAGUUUGAACUGCAAAAACAUGUGGCGUAUACAGUACCUGUGCUGCAGGUCACAGGGCUCAGUCCUGACAGAACAGCAAAAAAACCUGAUCUGGUACUUCCUACCUGUGACUGCACUGUUUUGUUAUGGUUCAGUUCUUUUACAUGUUUGAAUGUGCAUGGAACAAACUUUUGAGAAAUGAAUUCCCAGCACCAAAAACCAAAGAGCCUCCCUGUGAUCUCUGAGGUUUUGGAAUCAGUGAGAAAAAGUUUUCUGUUUUCUUGCUUUUACAGUACAGAUAAUAGGGAAAAUGCUUAGUUAUACAGUUAUACAGUUGUGUAUUUUCUAUCAUCUAAAGCGAUCAUAGCUUUUAUAUUUGACCAGCUUUGGCCAGCACAAUACCAUAUUGCUGUAUUGCUUUAAAAGCUAAAGACAGCCACCUUGUGGGAGGAUUGAGUACUACAGAACUGAUGCUAGAGCACCAGUGAAGCUUCCAGAUUGCGCACUAAACAUAUUAAAUUAGCUUGUCUAGCCCAUGCCCACAGAUUUUUUUUAAACUGCCCCAGAGUUCUCAUUCACUUUAAUUUUUUCUUUAUAAGACGUAUUAUUUUCAGUACCACAAGGCAUGGGUGACUUUAAUUAUACUGUAAAAUAGCUGGCAAGAUUAAAUUCAGUGAUUUUAUUGCUGUAUCUCAGUCACUCAUACAGCCAAGUGAAAAUGCAGCUUUUAAACACAACACAUACAAAGCAUGCACACACACAUAUGACACAUAUGUAUUUAAAAUGGGUGUGACAUAUGUUAGGCAUGACACGGUGGUGCACUGAAUAGCACUAUUGCCUCACGGUUAGAAAGUACUGAGUUUGAAACUCAACCUUUCUGCAUUGAGUUUGCAUGUUCUCCUCAUGUCUGUGUGGGUUUCCAUUGGGUACUCAGCUGCUACCACUAUUUCCUGAACUAAGCUGGUAAAAUAAUAAGUGAAAUCUGGUUGUGUAGCGCACGGUUGGAGCAAAGCCCACAGGACCUGAGUAUCACUACUGUAGUGUAUAAAUAAGAUCUAUUACAGUAAUCUAUUAAAUGUUUUCCACUUAAAGAUUUGUUUUCAAGUUUUAAAAAUUAUUUUUCCAUCUGGAAAUCGGUCUGGCAAUUCCAAAAGUACUCUGGCACCAUUUGACAGUAAAAUUGCUUUACAAAAUAAAAGUUGAUUUAUUGGUGGAUUGAGUGAACACACUGGUGCACACAACAGCCCUUCUUAAAAGAAUUGAAGGAGCAUCACAUCAAGGUGCAUAGAGAGUCUCAUACAUCAGGAUGCACAUAGUGCAUUUGAACCUAAUCUGCCCUUUAUUACUGUGCAUAAAUAACUGCAGUUCUUUACAGGGGUUUGACUGGCUCUGUUCUUCAGAUACCUCACAAAGAGACCUCUGCAUUCCCGGUGUCAGAAUGGAGGUGGUGAAAUGCAGCAUCACAUUAUCUGUUACCUCAGUUUGGUUUAUUAACUGAAGCUCGAUCUCUCAUUAAUGUGUACAAGCUUUUGCACGGUCUGUAACUACUGUUCCCACCAAAGCUCUUUCUCUCGUUUAUGUGUAAAAAUGUGGUCAUUUUAUAGCAGUUGCUUAUCAAAGAGAAGUUGCUUAUCAAAGAUUCAUUGUUCAUGACUUGAGAACAAGCUUUUAAAGGCUUAAAAUAUGAAAAUAAAAUAAAAUGGUUCACAGAAUAGUAAUACAUUUAGUGAGGGCACAACACAUAUGGCUAGAUUGCCAAGGGUAAUG